AUGCUAGUAGACUACCCAAGUAGUCUAGGCAAUUACAUCGCUGAUCCAGAUGGCAAUGUUUUACUUGAUGUAUUUGCUCAAAUAGCUUCAAUUCCUCUCGGUUACAACAAUCCCGCUCUGGCCGAAAUAGCAAAGUCUCCUGAAAUGGUGAAUGCUAUUAUCAACCGCCCAGCUCUGGGUAACUUUCCUCCAAAAGACUGGGCCGAGACUCUACGCGCAGGCCUUCUCAGAGCCGCGCCAAAAGGCCUAGAUCAGGUGUUUACUGCGAUGAGCGGCUCCGAUGCCAACGAAACUGCAUACAAGGCAGCUUUUAUGUGGCGCCGCCAGCAGGAGCGUGGUGGUUACAAUGUGGACUUUACUGAGGAGGAGAUCCAGUCUGUCAUGAACAAUCAAGCUCCAGGAGCCUCACAAUUGUCCAUUCUCUCCUUCAAGUCAGGAUUCCACGGUCGUCUAUUCGGAUCUUUGUCUACUACACGCUCAAAGCCCAUUCACAAACUUGAUAUUCCUGCUUUCGAUUGGCCUCAAGCAACGUUCCCUCAAUUGAAAUACCCUCUUGAGGAGCAUGCAGCCGAAAAUGCAGCAGCAGAGAAGGCUGCACUGGAAGAAGUCGAGCACCUAAUCCUCAACUACCAUGUACCGCCCGCAGCCGUUGUGGUUGAGCCCAUCCAAUCAGAAGGUGGCGACAAUCAUGCUUCGCCGGCCUUCUUCCGUGGCCUCCGUGAGAUCACCAAGAAGCACAAUGUACUUCUUAUCGUUGACGAGGUACAAACUGGUGUCGGCGCUACAGGUGAAUUCUGGGCGCACAGCCACUGGAAGCUCGAUUCUCCGCCUGAUAUUGUCACUUUCAGCAAGAAGGCUCAAGCAGCUGGCUUCUACUAUACAAACCCAGAGCUACGCCCCAACAAGCCUUAUCGUCAAUUCAAUACCUGGAUGGGGGACCCGGUUCGUGCCAUUCUCUUCAAGGGCAUCAUUGGCGAGAUUGAGCGUCUGAACUUGGUUGAGAGCACUGCUCGUGUUGGAAACUAUCUGUUCUCCGAAUUAGAGAAGUUGGCGGCCAAAUACCCUGGUCAAUUCGACAAUCUUCGUGGUAAAGGCCAGGGCACAUUCAUUGCCUUCGAUACUCCGAAGCGUGAUGCACUGCUCAAGCAGGCUAAGAGUUUGGGUGUCAAUAUUGGCGGCUCAGGAGAGCGCACUGUUCGGUUGCGUCCUAUGUUGAUCUUCCAAGAGCAUCAUGCAGAUAUCCUACUCGAAGUAUUGGAGAAGAUUGCUUCAGCAUAG